AUGGCAUCGCCUCCUCCCCUACCAGAAAGAUCCGUUCCCCGGCCGCCGCCACCUCCCCUGCCGCCAAGGGACAACUCCCAAUUACCUCCGCCACCUCCCUAUUCCGCCGUGGAUGAGUCCCGAGCCUCGCUGGCCUCUCCGGAUCAACGAGGCCCCCAAAUCCUGCUCUCCAAGAUUAAAGACCCACGUACUUCGUCAUCACAAUCUUUGGUGCCAUCAAGCUCCGACUCGGAUGCCAAGCGAAUCCUUCUAUUGAUCUACAUCCAUGGGUUCUAUGGAAAUGACCAAUCAUUUCAAUCAUUCCCUGCUCAUGUCCAUAACUUCCUACGGGAAGCCCUUUCAGAAACCCAUGCCGUCCACUCCAAAAUCUACCCUCGGUACAAGACGUACAAGGCCAUAGAUGUCGCGAGAGAUAAUUUCAGCGCUUGGCUGGAGCCCCACGAGUCGCCCACAACCGAUGUUAUCCUCAUUGGUCACUCCAUGGGAGGCUUAUUGGCUGCCGAUAUGGUUCUCAUGCCUAACCAAGUCUCGUCUAGCCAUUCUCCUCUGAAGCAUCGUAUUCUGGGAACUCUGUCGUUAGACUCGCCCUUUUUAGGACUUCAUCCCGGCAUCGUAGCUUCGGGCAUCUCAAGUCUCUUUCAGCCCUCCCCAACUCCUCCUGGCCAAGGGUCCCCAUUGCCAUCACCUCCAGAGGCUCACUCGGCUGAUUCACAGCCCCUUUCACCUACCAUGUCUAUGAAUAGUCCUCUGAGCGAACCGAGAGAUCCCAACUUUGACCCCCCUUACGUCAAUGACGCACCGUUUAGGGAAAAGUCGUUUCUUACUCGCAUGAUGAAUUUCAGUUCCAAGCAUUGGUCUGAAGGCCUCAUCACUGCCUUGGGCAACCACAUUGCCUCCCAUCUAGAGUUUGGGGGGUGUCUGGCCGACUAUCGCGGGCUCAUGUCGCGAUACAACCAGAUUCGUGCUCUUGAAGAUGUUGACGACCUCCAAGUCUUGAGCGGUGGCACAUUCAACGAUUCACACACUCGAGUUCGCUUUGCCAACUAUUAUACGCUUGCUUCUGGCCGCCCUAAACCACCAUCUACGGCUGAAGGCAGUCGUGAUCCAAGCCAGGUCGAUGUGUCAACAAUUCCUGCAUCUGAGUACAAGGCUGGGGACGCUAUCAACGCAAAGCUGGCCGACGUGGCCAUUUCACCAGCAAGUGAUGAAACAAGAAGCCCGGCCUCUCCCACUCUUUCUAAGCCCAGUACUCCGACCAAAGAGGGUAGUCUAAAUGAGCCAGCAGCGCCCUCGACGCCAAAAAUAGAGAAGGAUACUAAUCACGCCGGUGCAAGUACCCAGUUGAAAGAGCCUCCUGUUGAUUCGAAUCGGCUGUCUAUGAUGUCUAUGAUGUCUAUGCAAGAGAUUGACCCGAUUCCUAUGGAUGAUACUGAACAGGAUUUUGUAGAGCAAGACUUAGAAACGGCACUACCAGCCACAUCAGACGCGCCAUCCGUCGUUACUGAGGGCUCUGUCGAUGAAAAGAAACCCCCGUCAGACACACCCCUGGCUUCUCCUCCCGAUACAGACCUCCCUCCGAUCCCCGAUCUCCCUCACCCCCCAGAGCAGCCGGACCUAUCACAAUACACAGACAAAGACUCCCGUAAACAAGCAGAAAAAGAAUUCGGCCGCCUCCAAAAGGCCUACGAGAACGCCGUCAAAGACCGCAGCAAGGCCCUCCGCGAACGCGAAAAGCUCAUCGAGAAGCGCCAAAAGAAGGUCCAAAAGGACGCGGACAAGCUCGAAAAGGACGUGAAGAAGCAGAAGCAGAAAGCGGAACAGGAAAAGAGGCGUCUCGAGAAGGAUGAAGAAAGGGCCGGCAAGGCAGAGAAGAAGCGUCUGGACAAGGAAGAAGAAAAAGCAGGCAGAGCAGAGAAGAAGCGACUGGACAAGGACGCCGCCGCCGCCGCAGCAGCAGCAGCAGCAGCAGCAUCGUCAUCCGCUUCUUUGGCUGAGACGGAGGCUGAAGCGAUGGGUAAGCCCAAGAAGCUGAGAAAGUUUUGCAAUACGCCGAGCAAGACGGAUGGGGUCAUGGAUCCUACGUGGGUGAGUGUGUACAUGGACGGCAUGGAUGAGGUGACGGCGCAUUGUGCGGUGUUUUUGCCUGGGCCGCAUUAUGAUCGGUUGGUGGGCGAUGUGGCGAGUCGGAUUGUGGGCUGGGUGCAUAAUGAUUUGUCUGUGAGGGCCAUGAUGGAGAUGGAUUGA